AUGGAUUAUUUCCCCAUGAUUUUCUCUCUGCUGUUUGUGGCGUUCCAAGGAGCUCCAGAAACAGUGGUCUUGGGCGCCGAGCUCAGCACAGAAGCGGACGGCGGAGGGGAGAAGCCCUCUCCCAGUGCGCCCUGGAGGGCCCGCCGGUCCAAGCGCUGCUCCUGCUCCUCCUUGAUGGAUAAAGAGUGUGUCUACUUCUGCCACCUCGACAUCAUCUGGGUCAACACUCCCGAGCACAUUGUUCCAUAUGGACUUGGAAGCCCUUCCAGGUCCAAGCGAUCCUUAAAGGAAUUAUUUUCUACAAAGGCCACAGACCACAGGAAUAGAUGCCAGUGUGCUAGCCAAAAAGACAAGAAGUGCUGGAAUUUUUGCCAAGCAGGAAAAGAACUCAGGGACCAAGACACUAUGGAGAAAGGCUGGAAUAACCAAAAGAAAGGAAAAGACUGUUCCAAGCUUGGAGAGAAGUGUAUUCAUCAACAGCUAGUGGAAGGAAGAAAAAUAAGAAGGUUGGAGACCAUCAGCAACAGCAUCAAAACAUCUUUUCGUAUUGCAAAGCUAAAAGCCGAGCUCUACAGAGAGAAGAAAGUGACCCACAACCGAGCACACUGA